ACCUGUUAAGUUCCCAUCAGUGAAAAAAAGACACUGUAAGGAGGCAGAAUGGGACCUCAGUGCAUAUCUGUGUGAACUGGAAGACAGUCUGCGAGAUGUGCUGUCUGAAGUGUUAGAAACCGAGAUGAAGGCGGCUUAUGAUGAACUCUGGCAAGAGAUUGUCUAUAUAAAACCUCCCUGGAGUCUUCAAGAUGUCCUUCAGUGUUUUAAAAAGCACUGGAUUGCUGUCUUUGGACAACUUGUCCCACGAAAGAUGUUGGAAACUGUUGGAAGCCUUAUAAACUUCUUUAGCUCAGGUGAAACCAUAUCAACUUUAUGGUUAUUACAAAAAACUAAGGAGUUAGUGAAAGCAUUUAGGAAAAGUUCAGAACGUGUCCCUGGUGCCAUCACUGUGAUCGAAGACAUUAUGAAUAAGGUACAAUCACAGCACGACACAUCUGGGGAGCUGGAACUGUCUGCUGGUGAUGUUGUCAUGAAUGAUGACGAGUCUGUAGAUAAGCAGCCGGGAUCGCCUCACGUCCCUCCACAGGAAGUGUGGGCUGUGUUCGAGAAUAUCUGGUCUCAGGUGUACCAAACUAGUUUGGAAGUGUUCAAAGCGCUCAGCUUUGACCCUCUCACCAUGCAGGCUGCUACACCGAUGGGACGUCCUCCGCCGCCACAGGACGCUUUGGCCUGUUUGCACAGACUGUCCUCGAUGGUUUCACAGCUGCUGCAGGCGUUUGGCAGGGUUUUGUCUUCGACUCCGGGUUUAGAGGAAGUCCAGACACUGCUCAGUAUUAUUUACUCCAAUAAGCUUGUCGGAGAAGAAACCAGAUUAACAGCUAAAGACCUUCUGGAUUGUUUCUCCCAACCAGACUACAGGGAGAAACUUGGAGUUGGAGGAAACCAGUUAUUGGAGCUACAAAAGGCCUUGGAUGGUUGUGUUCAGACCACAGGGCAGAACUUUGCCUUCACCGCACCGUGCUGAUGAAACUCAGGGUCCCAUUAACACCAACCACCGGCUGCCUGUAGAAACCUGACCUGUUCCUUCGAUUAAAACCUUUUAGUUGACGGCAUUUCUGUUUUUUACCAUUUUUCAACACUUUUAAUCUAUAAACACCUUCGCUGUAACAGAAGCUGUUUUGUUUUCUUUAAUUGGUGUCUAGAGAUGGUUGUUGAAGUUUAUUUUGGUUUUUUUUUAUUCUGUAAAAUGGGAAGUUGUUCUCCAGUUUGUGGUCAGUUCAUAAUGCAAGUGUUCUGUCAUUCAAACUAGAGAAUGAAAGAACAUCUGCAUGUUAUGUUUGUAUUUGUGUGAAUUUUUCUAGUAUGUAAUCACAAUAUUUCUUUUAUGUUUUAGGGAAAAUGUCAAAUUUUACCUCUCAGGUUUAUAAUUUACUGGUAUUCUUGAACCAAAUGAAUGUGUGAUGAAGCCACACUGUGAAGCUUUCGUUUUUGUUUUACUAGUGCUGUCACUAGUAAAACAAAUCCAAUUUUUUUUUAAUUGUAUUUAUUGUUGGGCCUUAUUUAAAAUGAAACUACAAUGACACAAAACUCAUUCUAUGCAGUUGUUGCUUUGUUUCUUCCAAAGCAAGAGAAAAAGCUUUAAAUAAUCUACUGAAUGUUGGACCUUUAACAUAUUAGUAUUUUUUUAAUGUUUCAGGUUCAGCUGAUCAAAGCGCCUUCUUUAUGACGGGAGCCUUAUUGCUUUCCUGCCGUCGGUCUUCCAUAAAGUUCAUAUUCUUGGCAUGUAUGGCCAGUAGUCGUCCUGUUGACACAUUUUCCCACCUGAGCUUUGGAUUUCUGCAGCUCCUCCAGAAUCACCAUGGGCCUCUUGGCUGCUUUGCCGUUUUUGAUGAUGAAUUGAACAGUUCUAACCAUUUUAAAUUUACAAAUCAAAAAUAAUACUUCCUGAAGCUUGUGGUUUAAGGGCUGUUAAUGCUUCUGCAAGGCGCUGCAUAUCUUCCACCCCCGUGACGGACUGGCGACCUGUCUAGGAUGUUUUACCCAAUUAUUAUUAGAGAUGGGCAUUAAACUCGCUGCGGACCCUGCAAAGCUGGUGCUUUAAAACACUUUUUCCGUUUCAUACUACUUCCAUUAAGUGUCUGCUGGUUUAAAAUGCUGAGAAGCCCAGAACUAACUGGUUUGUCACUUUAAAGCUUGAAGUUACUGAUGUGAUUUUUGCCUUAGAGAUGGUAAAGAUAGCUGAAUAAGUUUAUGUUGUAGAUUUGCAAGUUUUAUAAAUUCUUUGUGCCAAAUAAAACGUGUGUACGAGUCUUUUGCUCUUGUAAAUUAAAUCUUACACUCCUAAAA